UGGAGCUUGAUAGGAAUCAAUUCAUAUGAAAGUUCCAUCUUCAUCUAAUAUGUUUCAAAUUUCACAAUUUGGCGUUUUUGUGUUGGUGGUUUAUUGUUUUGUGUUGAUGGUUUAUGAAGCAUCCCCUUCCCAACCACUUUGUCCUGAUCUCAGAGGGAAUGGAACAUAUUGUAUCAGAUUUCGUGAAAAUUCCAACCAAAAUACCGCAGCAGAUAAUCCUACAAUACAUUGUGUGGUUGAAAGCAAUUCUAACAGACUUGAAUGCAACUGCACAAUUUCCAGUCUUCUACUGAUGUAUAGUCUAAUAAUGGACACAAGAAAUAUCCAGCAGUGCAUCGACUCUGUACAAAGAGUGGUGUCUUCAUUCACAUUGAGCACAAACUGCAAACUUCCUGAUUUGUUGUCUGGAUUAUCAGAUUGCCCAAUCAACAUCAUUCAUCCAUAUGUUGAUGACUGCAAAGAAAUGUGUCUAAUGAAAUGUAUGGAUCAAUGGACCUUAAUCAACAUGGGAAAUCUCAGUCAGACCACUACUAUUAAACCAAAAAAUAAAAUCACGAUCACCACCUCAAAUAUUUUGAGAGAAUGUGAUUCUGAAGACAUUGGACAGACAUAUAAAAAUAAUGACCUGACCUCUGUUGAUGAAUUGAUCAGGAAAUGUAAAGGAAAGUCAAAUACAGUAAAGAAUGACCAGAAGUCGAUUUCCAUAAAAAACACAUUUCACAACAUUACCAAGCAGGGACCUCAGAACGUAAUCCUUGAAAGCCUCAAAGGCUCAGUGACAUCACAUCAGAAGAACAAUUUGCUCAACUUUAGAAUGGCUCUACCCUCCACCAAUAAUGCCAUGUUGGAGAAGAUGGAUGACAUUUGGUUGGAGAUUCCUACUGAGGCUUUUAAUGAUUUUCUGGGACACACAAAAGACGAAGUUAACCUGGGAGUAUUUUGGUUUGAGAAUGACAGCCUGUUCCCGGUGAAGGAGAACAACACUAAGCUCCUAAACAGUCGAGUGGUAUCCGUCGAUGUGGGAGAGGACUUCUCAGACCUUAGUAACAAUUUAAAGAUCACGUUCCGCUUCCAGAAUGCAUCACUGGAAAACAAAUCACUAACAUGUGUGUUCUGGGAUGAUGAAAAUGAUAGUGUUGCACAAUGGAAUUCCUCUGGAUGUGUCACUGAGACAAAGGAAAAUCAAACAAUAUGCUCUUGUAACCAUCUUUCAUUCUUCGCAGUACUUAUGGCACCAGGCAGUGUCUCUAGUGCCAGUCUGAGCUCCUCCUCUGUGUGGUUGCUGACGUUGUUGUCCAGGGUGGGCUGUGGAAUAUCCCUCUGUUUCCUGUGUCUGGCUCUCCUCAUCCACCUCAGAAGGGGUAAAUCUGAUGAUUCCCUGUGCAUCCACAUCCACCUGUGUGUGGCGCUUCUGUGCCUCAACCUGACCUUCCUCACCAACGACAGCCUAGCCUCUCUUGGCAUCCAUGGCCUGUGUGUUGCUACAGCAACAGCCACCCACUACUCCCUGCUGUGUACCCUCACCUGGUUCUCCCUGGAAGGCUUCCACCUCUACCUGCUCAUCAUCCGGGUCUUCAACAUCCACAUCAACAGAUACCUCCUCAAACUGGGCCUGGUAGGAUGGGGAAUACCUGGCAUAGUAGUUAUCAUAAUUGUUGCUUGUGGCAAAUAUGGAGAAUACAACAUAUACCAGCAAGACGGUGGUGCUGUUAAAAUGUGCUGGUUGACUGACUCUGCUCUGACCACGGUGUCCUUCUCGUACUUCGUGCUGACAUUCGUGGUGAACGUGCUGUGCUUUGGGUCUGUGACAGUGAAGGUGGUGAGGGCCCACCGUCAGAGUCCAGUCCUGAGGGAGAGUGGUAUGAGCAGGGGGACAGUACUCAGUCUGCUGGGUCUGGCCUGGCUCCUGGGGGUCUCCUGGGGGGUCCUGCUCUUCCAGUUUGGCCCCCUGAAGGAGACAGCCUUCUACAUCUUCUGCACUGUCAACUCUCUCCACGGCUUCUUCCUGUUUCUACGCUAUUGGGCUUUAACUCGGCCAGAGAAGGCAUCUAUCUCCACGGCAACCACUGUAGCUUCUUCAACUGAGAUGCAUCCAACUGAGGCCAGUCCCUGACUAACAUGGUUAAACCUUUUACUACUAAUACCACGGCUUCCAUUUUGUUACCACAGAAGCACAAUAUUUAGUAUGUCGGUUUAACAUACCACUAUAGGCAAACAUAAGCAUCAAUUAAAGGGCAAGCACCAAAAUAAUAACGUGUUUCUAGGUUUGCUCGUACGUUUUUUUUCAAAGUUGUGCUGUUUAUUGCACUUUUUGCUGUGCAUGUUGUUGUAUUUUAUGACACAUCUUCCAUGCAUAUUCAGUUUUGAUGUGUAUAGUCCUAGGCAAAUAGGCAACACAUCUAUUAGGUUCAAGUUAUUUUCAUCCCCAUCUCUGAAAAUAUGAACAAAUAAGUUUGGCUACCCGAUCUGUUACUCACCAUUGUGCAUGAGGGUAAGAUGGAGUGGUCGACUAUCAAGUGGUGCCUUUCUGUUUCUUUGAUUGUCAUAAAAAAUCCUCUGAAAGAUAGUAUGUCCUUUUUUAGUCCAUCUGUAACAUUUUGGAUCAUUUUGAUUUCCCCUUUGGUUUUUGCGGAAUAGGCCUACAGUAGCCUAUGGGCUACCUGAGAUAAAAUGAGGCCUAAAUUAGUCAAGUAGAUAGUACCUUAUCAUAACACAAAAACAAUAUUUGCAGGGAUGUGAAAUGAAUGGUUACACAUUUAUAUUUUUAUUUAGAUUGUGUAAACGUUUUUCUUUGUGUAAAUAAUGUAUUUGUGUAAAUAAUCAUUUGAAAGGGGGAGAUGCUUCACAAGCCUCUCUGUGUUUUUCUACCUCUCCUGCAUAUGCUCUUUUAAUUUUCCUUUUAAUCUCUGAUCAUAUUGUUUUGUAUUUUC